UCCUUUGCCUCGCAUCCACAAUUCUAUCAAUUUAAAUCGUAUCGAAUCGUAUAAUUCGUUAUAUCCCUCUAUCCUUUCUUUAUCUCGCGCGAUACGCAUCAUUGCCAUUGACGCAAUGCUUGUUUCCAUUCGAUGAAUGGUUUACAUAGUUUCAGACAAUACCGAUAAGUACAUCGGUUCACCGUUUGUCAGGCGUAAAAAGUUGAUUCGCGCCUGGAAACCACACAGUCUCGUGCAGCUCGAGUGGGGGGCAGCCGGACAAGUUCAGCGCUAAUAUCGAUUCAGUCUCGCACAAACCACCCCCAUGUACCGUGCCCGUUGCAGCAGCUCCACCUUUUAACUUUGUUUUCCGUUCGGUGUCAUGACUGACACAUAAACAGAGAUAGAAAGAAAGAGAAGCAUCGCGGUAAAAAAAAAAAUCGUGUGCAUCAUGCACACCGUUCUCCACGAACAGAACGGACACAGUGACGCGUUCUAUUCUUUCAACGAGUACUGGGAAUAUAUAUUAGACACGAACGAGAUCAUCGUCAAUAGAAACGUCUCUGCCAAUAAUACUUAUCGAUUCAGUAACUAGUCUUGAAGAGACAUUCCAUUGUUCGCACAGUUUACAGUGAGGUGAUCAAGUUUAUUCAUAAAUUCAAUUCGUAACCAACGGGCGACGCAAAUUAUUUUGUUCAUCUUACACAAAGAAUAUUUUUGAACGUGUACUUGUAUCUUAUCUCGCGACGUUAAUCCGUCAUUACGCUUUUUUCUUCCAUUUCAAUUUUUUUAUCCUAGACGUUCGCGUCUUUUCCCUAUUCUGGUAUAUACAUUUUUCGUCGUAUAGUUCGCGCGAUUGUUACACGGGUUGUCGAUUAAAAUAGAUCCUUCCAGUAAAACGUCCAUCAUCGAUUCGCCGCGUGCGAUGAAGGGUUGCGUUCGUUUUUCUCAUUACGCGUGUUGAUAAAAUCUAUAAAAUUUAAGAAGACUGUUCAAAGUUAUGAUCGAACAUUUUUCAUGGGAUUACCGAUCGAAUCCAUGCGCUUGAGGAUCUCGCAAUUGUCGUGUACACAGCGUAAAGACUUGCGAACGCAAGUGGACGAAACAAGCAUAAAAAGCGGAAAGGUGGUGAAAGAAAUUGGUGUAAACCCGAAAGAUUGAGUUUUUGUCCGUGUGUUGUCCGAAUAUGAAACGCUUCAAUCACGACCACACGCAUCCCUAUUCGUCUUGACUAGAAAUUGUGGCUGAGCAAAGAAAGUGCGUCCUCGCUUCUUGAGAAAUGUCUUCAAUAUCAGCGCAGGGGGUCGUCGAAAGAGCCAGCGCCGAGUUAACCAAGAGAAUUAACGGUCUGGGGUUGAGAGCGUCUAAACAUCAUGGUGGGGGAAAGGCGAGCGUCAUGGAACGCGUUACGCACGUGUUCUGCGGUAGCGGAGGAGUUCCGUAUACGAAUUUGCAGAGCGCGAACAAUGCGAACGCAACCCCGGAAAAGCCGAGCAGAAGCGUGCCAACGUCGAUGAGUAACAUGCCAUCGGCGAAUAACAAGGGGUUGAGCAACAUCGGUACACCAAGCAGGGCGAGGAUAUCGAGGAAUCGAGGGAAGAACGUGCCUCUGGCGAGUGGUGGGACGGGUGGAUACAUCGCGCCUACCACGUGGGAUCAGCUGAUGCAAGAUGAUCAUUUCCUCAGCAAAUUCUUUCUCUACUUCUCCGCCAUCGAGAGGAGGAUUUUGGCUCAGGUAUGCUUAAGAUGGAGAGACAUACUUUACGCGCGGCCUCGACUUUGGGCAGGCUUGGUACCCGUAGUAAGAUGUCGCGAAGUACGUGCCAUGCCUUCUACUUCACGCACGCGUCUCUACGCCUCCUUAGUUAGAAGAGGAUUUCAUUCGUUGGUUCUUCUCGGAGCAUCGGACGAGGAUAUCCCGGAACUGACGCACGGCUUUCCAUUAGCGCAAAGAAAUAUUCAUUCGUUAUCGUUGAGAUGUUGCGCGGUGACCGACAGGGGACUGGAAGCUCUCUUAGAUCAUUUACAAGCAUUGUUCGAGCUUGAACUAGCAGGUUGCAACGAAAUAACGGAAGCCGGCUUGUGGACUUGCUUAACACCUAGAAUAGUAUCGCUCUCCUUGUCGGAUUGUAUCAACGUGGCUGAUGAAGCCGUCGGUGCUGUCGCUCAAUUACUGCCGAGUCUCUACGAGUUCUCGUUGCAAGCUUAUCAUGUAACCGACGCCGCCCUUGGAUAUUUUCACGCAACCCAGAGUAGCUCCCUUAGCAUCCUCAGGCUGCAAUCCUGCUGGGAACUCACCAACCAUGGUAUAGUCAAUAUUGUACAUUCCUUGCCCAAUCUGACUGUCCUGUCGUUAUCCGGAUGCAGCAAAGUAACGGAUGACGGUGUCGAAUUGAUAGCAGAAAACUUGUCCAGGCUUCGUUCAUUGGAUCUGAGCUGGUGCUCGAGGAUCACCGAUGCCGCCUUAGAGUAUAUCGCCUGUGAUUUGAAUCACUUAGAGGAGCUUACCUUAGACAGAUGUGUGCACAUCACAGACAUAGGUGUGGGCUACAUUUCUACAAUGGGAUCAUUGAGCGCAUUGUUCUUGAGAUGGUGCAUUCUGCUUAGAGACUUUGGACUUCAGCACUUGUGCGGCAUGAAAUCCUUACAAGUACUCUCUGUGGCAGGCUGUCCAUUGCUCACAAGUAGCGGAUUAUCCAGUUUGAUUCAGCUUCGACAUUUACACGAGUUAGAGCUAACCAAUUGUCCGGGAACAUCUCAGGAAUUAUUCGAUUAUUUGCGUGAACAUCUGCCCCGCUGCCUAAUCAUCGAAUAAAUUAUGCUACAGUAGAAACAACAGGCAACAACAGUCCUAGUAAUACCUUUGCGUUCCAAUUCAGAAAAGUUUCUAUUUCUAUAGAAUGCGAUGGCAAAAAAAUGUUUUAUGUAAAGCAAUACUUAGACAAGGAUACGACGAUUGUAUUUAUGUAUAAGAGGAGCUGAUAUAAUAAUGAUGCAGAUAUAAGAAAGAAGCAAUUGACGUCCAAACUUGAACACUACCGCAUAUUAUUGUUCUCUCUUGUAACGAUAAAGGGUAUAAAAAAAAAAAAGAAAAAAGAAACACUAGCCUUUAAAAACAUGCAAAUGUUAACACUAAGAUAGCAUGUAGACAUUUUUAAUACACCAGAGCUCCUAUAUGAAUCGCACUCCUUUCUCGCCGAUGUUUAGAACUUUAGAUCGAAUUGUACGGUUCGAUUCGUUUUGUUAUUUUUCUUUUUCGUUUUUUUCGUUUUAAAAAUGUUUGAAAAAAGAUAACGAAAAAAAAAAAAAAAUAGCAAAAACAUGCGCCUCUCGGUAAUUCGAUAAUCUGUACAGACUUUUACACAAGUCCCCGCUUGAUAAUAGAGAAUAAAGAAAAAAACAAACGAAGAGACAGUUUAAUUAUAAUAGAUUCUUGUUAAAAAGAAGAAAAAAGAUAUAAAAAAAAUAAAAGAACGUAGAAAUUAUCCGACGAGAUGACAGACUCAACAGUUAGAACUGUGAUAAAUUUUUAUUAUAUGUAUACCAUUCUACUUCAACUAUGUUUAGGGCGUUGUUUAACCCGCUUCAACGUUCGAAUGUGCGUGAUUAUUG